AUGACGACUCCAGAGUCUUUAUUCACGCUAUUCGGUGUCUAUGGUGAUGUGCAUCGGGUAAAAAUCUUAUUUAAUAAAAAAGAUUCAGCAUUAAUUCAAUUUGCUACACCACAACAAGCAGCUAUUGCUCAUCAAAAUCUUGAUCAUAUAACAAUGUUUGGUAAACAAAUAAAAGUUUCAUUUUCUAAACAUCAAUUUGUUCAAAUGCCUAAAGAUGGUGCUGCGGAUAUGGGUUUAACAAAAGACUUUACAAAUUCACCAUUACAUCGUUUUAAAAAACCAGGCUCAAAAAAUUAUAAUAAUAUCCAUCCACCAGGAAGUGUACUUCAUUUAUCUAAUAUACCAAAUGAAACAAGUGAAGAAGAAAUACGAAAUAUAUUUUCUCAAUAUGGUACAAUAAAACGAUUUAAAUUCUUUGAAAAAGAUCGUAAAAUGGCUUUAAUUGAAAUGGAAUCAAUUGAAGAAGCGAUUGCCGCAUUAAUUAAUACGCAUAAUUAUCGUUUAGCAGAUUCAAUGCAUCUUCGAGUAUCAUUUUCAAAGAGCAAACUGUAA